CCGUUAACGGUGUGAGGUUAUCGAUUGCAUGAAUUGGUCGCGACUCGUCAGUAAAGUGAUACACCUCAGAGUGUAAAGAUUCAAGAGAUUUCGUUUACGCUUAUGACGAUGUUGGAUCUGUUACCAACUUUACUAUCGAUAGCAAGUUUAGCCCAGGGAUCAGAUUUUUUAGAUAAUCCACCCGUAAAUUACACUACAGGAAAGAGUUUUGAAGAUUGUGAGCUACGCUUCCCAGCUACAAAGGUAGAUGAAUCCAGUCAUAUUGAAUCGUACGGUGGGGAACGAGCCUAUAAAGGAGAGUUUCAACACAUGGCCGCGAUCGGUUGGACCAGAUCAGGAGCAACAAUCGAUUACCUUUGCGGGGGCAGUUUAAUAACUUGGAGAUUCGUUUUAACAGCUUCUCAUUGUUCAGUUGACUCAAACAACCUUCCACCGGAUACCGUACGAUUGGGAGACACAGAUCUCGCUAGCACGGAUGAUGACGAAUCGGCACAACAAAUUCCGAUCGCACGCUUCAUCAAACAUCCACAGUAUCGAGAGUCAAGAAAGUACUACGAUAUUGCAGUUGUAGAACUCGAGAAAAACGUUAUACCAAACAGCGCAAUUUGUGUAGCGUGCGUAUGGCGUGAACUGGAAGCUCCGGGAGAUUUGUUGGACGCGGUGGGAUUUGGUGCUCUUGGGUUUGGAGAAAAGUUAAGCCCAACCCUGCAAAAGGUAAAAUUACAGGCCCUAGACGCGUCGAUAUGUGCUGACCGUUUACCAACGAAUCGACGUCAAAUGCCGGAAGGCUUGCGUGACGAUCAGUUGUGUGCGCAUAGUGAAACCAUGGACACAUGUGAAGGCGACUCGGGUGGCCCACUACAAACGGAUCGACACGAUUUGUUCGGCAACACCUUCCCCCUUGUGGUAGGUGUGGUAUCGUUUGGAACUCCUUGCACUGAUGGGUCGACAGGAGUGUACACAAGGGUUAGCUCGUACCUAGAUUGGAUCGAGAAGGAAGUAAAUCAGUCGCUUAGCUACGAGGUUUGUACUGGAGUGAACGUUUGCGAUCGUAAACUCAACCCUUCCAUAGCUGCUACGAUUGAGCCGAAAUGGACAAACAGUCGCGUUGGACUGUUGUGGAAGGAAACCCAAACGGACAUCUAUCAGUGCGGUGGAUCCCUGAUCGAUUAUCAGUUUGUUAUUACGUCGGCAGACUGUGUAACUUCCAGCAAAGGACCUCCAACAUACGUAGCCUCUAGCUCUAACAGUGAUCGUGCUGCUAUAGAAGAAGUGUUUGUUCAUCCACGGUUCACAAAGGGACAACCUUACUUCGAUAUCGCCAUUAUAAAGCUACGAAAGUAUGCUAAUUUAGAUGAAAUGUAUCCGGCUUGUUUAUGGUCAGACGAGAGGCAUGAUGAUUGGAGACAAUUCAAUCUUCUGGCAGGAGCAUCGGUACCGCAAUUGCGAAGCUACGUGGAAGAAUUCAAUAUCAGCGUGAAAAGUUCUGUACAGUACUACGUUCAUGGUAAAGACUGCAGUGUAGGGGAAAAUGUUGCUCACAACGAUUUGAAAUGCAUCAGUAACGAUCCGACACUGGUGCCAGGAUUGUGCCAGGUUGACUAUGGAGGUCCAGUAAUGACGAAAUACUACGAUGAACAGUUCAAGGUACAUGGUAUUGUUUCCCGUUUAACGAAGGGCUGCGGAAGCAAUGUGAUCUUCACCAGAUUGGCACCUCAUAGACAAUGGUUGGAAUCGAUCAUCUUUAAACAGUUGAAUGAGAGGCUUGUAUUUAGCGAUAAGUGAAGGUAAAACAAUCGUAAUAAAAUAGCAAAUAGUUAAGUUC